AUGAUAAACUUCGAACGGGCAGGAGUCCCUCAGUGGCUCAUCCGCGCGUUUAAGAUCCAAAUUGCUUUUGUGCGAAUAAUUGCCAGGAUUAUAGGCCUCAGAUGCACUUACUUCAGCAAUAAAACCGGCCAGUUUGAACUGUCCACAUUUGAUAGGGCUUAUUCCACAGUGAUCCUAAUCAUAUUGAUUGUUGGUUUUCCGUUUGCUCUGCCUCUCGUCUAUAAAGGAGCGCGCAAUGUGAUCCCGUCCAAUUCAGUUCCUGCACUCAUUGGAACUUUUUCAGUCAUUUUCAAUUUCAUUGUCAUAAUCUUGAUUUAUCUGAAAGAAGUAGUCAAUAGUAAGAAAAUAAUAAAGUACUUGAAUGGAGUAUCGCAGGAGAUUGAGGAACGUUUUCUAAGGGAUGCCACAAUAAGGGAAUUAUGUGAUCCACUCUUCUACUUCCUCUUUAAAUUCCUCAUCUGCGAAGUAGUCUUUCUCUUAACCAACGCAUUUAGCAUGAUAUCAGUGAUUAAACAAUUCGGCAGUUCUUUUAUCUUAGUGGGAGUCUUAUCAAUGUAUCCCUAUCUCGUUCACUUCACUGUCAGCACAACCGUCUUCAUAGGUUCACUAAGGCUGAAGUUUUUCUUCAGACUCCUCAAUAAGAACCUCAUGAAUCUCGCUCGGGAAGUGCAGAAGAACAAUAUCGCCGAGAUGAGACAGUAUGAAAGAAUAUCAUUUAGUUGCAAUUUGAGUGAUAAAUUGGACGAAUACUCACUGUACUAUGAAAGUAUUUCCAACGCAACUAAAGGCCUGUUGGAUCUCUACUCCUUGCAAUUGCUUCUUCUCAUCAUUAACAACUUCAUUGCGACGACCUUCCAAAUGUUUCUCCAGUAUGUUUUCACUAGAUUGAUUUUCAUGGGCAGACUUGAAGCAAAUAUCACAUUAGCAAGCUUUUCAAUGGUUGUCCUUAUCAUUGGAUUCUUGGACUUUACUAUGCACGGCAUUGUUGGUCAACAUGUGAGAGACGAAGCUAAGCGAACAGGAUUAAUUCUGCACAAAAUACCAACUCAUCAGAUGGACAUAAGAUUCCGAAGAAGUAUUGAAACUUUCUCCUUGCAAGUUCUUCAUGAGAAUCCCAGUCUAUCCAUUUGUGGUUUCUUCAUUCUAGACAUUGGUCUUAUUUCAUCAGUAAUCGCUGGAAUUUCGAGUUAUGUGCUCAUCCUCAUUCAGUUCGAUCAGGCACAGGAGGCGCCGUGAGUUGGAUGUGCUAUGAGAUCUCCAUCAGCGUCUC